AUGAAAGAUCCGCUAAAAUCAUACCCGAUUUCAAAACAAGUUCUCGCACCGUUCAAUCAUAUCACUAUUAACAGCAGCAUUACGAUUCCGAACGAUCGCGAAAUCGUCAAACUGAUCCAGUCUAUCCGACAAUUACGAGGUGGCUUUAUAAAAAAAUUCUCCGAAAAACCGACUAAUAAAAUGGAUAUACGUGACAGUAUGACAAUAACAAUCGAUAUCGGUACGCUAAUUAUGACCUGUCUAUCCCUGAUGGGGAUAAUUGGAUACCUUAUCGCUGAUAAAAGCAAGCGUAAAGCAAAACAGGCAAAAACACCCCCAACAGUACCGAUCGCAACAAUAUUAUCAGAUAAAAAAGCAUUUCUAGGCAUAACACAAAUGAUCGAUCAACAGCAUUUGAGAGUCGUACCACCCUCAUAA